AUGCAUCCAGCAUCUUCCUUGUUGGCUCUCUUGACAGUCGCAGCUCAAUAUGCCUCGGCUCUGGACCGCCGACUUCCCGCUGGCGUAGCAUUGAGCGACAAUGUGCUCAAUCUCGAGGUCGGGGAAUCUUUCAUGGGCGCCAUGCCUCCCUCGUCCGAGUACCUUGCAAGUCUGCGCCGCAAUGCUAUUAAGAAAAAGAUGAAGCGCCAAAGCGACAAGCUCGCGAACGUGACGGAAAACCUGCUUACGCUUGGCGGGCGAGUGUACAUGGCCAACAUCACACUGGGCAAUCGGGUCUACUCGCUUGUUCUCGACACAGGAAGCUCUGACACGUGGGUUGCGCAGACGGGCUUCGCCUGCAGGAACGGUGCGGGCAUUAGCCUUUUGACGUCGACGUGCGGUUUCGGUCCCUUGUACAAUACAACCGCGUCGCGGAGCUACAAGCCCUAUUCCCCGACGCAGGGUUUUAGCGUCAACUACACCAGCGGCGAGUAUCUGAAGGGCAUCCUUGCUACGGAGUUUUUCGGCAUUGGCGACGUGGGCGCUGGGUAUGCACCGCGUCAGAUUGUCAACCAGACGAUUGGCGUUGUGCAGCAAGGGUUCUGGGAUGGAGAUGGGACGAGCAGUGGACUGAUGGGUCUCGCGUACUCGAGGCUUGCCAGUGGCAGCAGUGUAAUCGGGUAUGAGUCGGUCAUCUUCACGCUUUUCGAUCAAAAGUACUACCCUUCCGUCUUCUCCCUCGCGCUCAACCGCACCGCCGUGGGUGGUUCUGCCCGGGCCUCAGGCGGACUCCUGGCCAUCGGCGGUAUUCCCAGAGUGAACUACGACGCUACUUCCUGGUCCGAAACCGCCAUCGUCCCUGUCUCUGCCGGCGUGUACACGUACUACAGCAUCGCCAUCACCGGCUACUCGAUCACAGCCCCGACAGGCUCCCUCGUCACGCCGCAGAACUUCACCGCAAGUCGCCAGAGCAUCAUCGUCGACAGCGGCACAACCCUCAUCUACCUCCCCGACCGCAUCACAGACUACAUCGCCUCCCUCUUCAGCCCCCCCGCCGUCUUCAACGCAGCGUCUCAGCUGUACUUUGUCACCUGCUCCGCCACGGCGCCGCGCGUCGGCGUCACUAUCGCCGGCAAGACGUACUUCAUCAACACGGACGAUCUGAUGAAUCGCGGAGCCGGCGCCGUGGGCGGUGCGGCGGUCGGUGGCAAGGCGGGCCAGUGCGUGUUGGCGAUUCAGAGGAGCGCGGGCGGCGCGAGUGUGCUGGGCGACAGCUUCCUGAAGAACGUGCUGGUUGUGUUCGAUUUGGGGAACAACAAAGUCAGGUUUGCGAGGAGGGAUAAGUUGUAG